AUGUCGAGACGAUACGACGGCCGCACAACCACAUUUUCUCCAGAGGGCCGCCUCUUCCAGGUGGAAUAUGCCGUAGAGGCUAUUAACAACGCCGGGUCAGCCGUGGGAAUCCUCGCAAAAGACGGCAUUGUGAUUGCAGCGGAGAAGAAGACAGUGUCGAAGCUACUGACUCCGAGCAAAACUAGUGACAAGACCAUUAAGCUGGACGACCAUUUGAUCUGUGCUGUUGCUGGCCUGACUGCCGACGCCAAUAUCCUCGUGAACUAUGCGCGUCUGUCGGCGCAGCGCUACGAGCUGGCGUAUCAGGAGAAGGAGCCGUGUGAGCAGUUGGUACAGACCAUUUGCAAUUACAAGCAAGCGUACACACAGUUUGGUGGACAGCGUCCCUUUGGCGUGUCGUUCCUCUAUGCUGGCUGGGACCGCCACCACGGCUUCCAGUUGUACCACAGCGAUCCGAGUGGAAACUAUGGCGGCUGGAAGGCCACAGCCAUUGGCGCUAAUAACCGCGCUGCUAAGAGCAUGCUGAAGAGCGACUACGAGAAAGACAUGACAGUGGAAGAGGCACUGGUCUUCUCGGUCAAGGUCAUGAACAAGACCAUGGACUCGACGACUCCCACGGCAGAAAAGGUGGAGUUCACGACGGUCACGCGAAACGCGGAUGGCAAAAUCGUCCACCGCCAACUAACGGAAAAGGAGACGGAAGCUUUGUUGCAGAAGGCGGCUGCAGACACAGCGGCUUCGGGUGACAUGUAA